CUCGUGGUUCCUCGUCUCGGAGCCGCUGGCGGCGGAUUAUCCCCCCCCCCCUUCCCCGAGAAAAGAAGAACAAAAUAACAAGUGGGGUCAGUUUUGUAGCCAGGCAGGAGGGUGGGUGGUGAGUUGUGCGGAUGCUGUUCCCUGGAUUUCCUCUUUGGCUUGUCUUUUACUGCUGCCCGGAAAAAAAAAGCAACAGUGUGUGGAAAAGUAGAUGUGGCCGUUGAACAUAUGGCUUCACCGCGGAUAACACGCUGGACGCUUGGUGAAGCAUGGUGGUGAAGAUGGUUAGAAUGUCCUUAAUGGGGCCGCUGUCAUGGAGCCGGGUGAGAUGGAUCAAUGUCAUGGGAACAGGAGUCCUUUAUUUGCUGCUGCUAUCAACCUGUCGCGGCCAAGACACUGAAGAUUGGCAAUAUGAGGAAUGUAAGCUCUCUCGGUCAGGUCCUCCUGCUACCAUCGUGGCCAUCGACGAAGAGAGUCCCAACGGAACACUGUUGGUGGAGAACAUGCAGAUAAAUGGUAUGGCUGAGGGUCCAGAUCGUACCAUCUCUCUGUCACUGAAGGACAACAACGACUACUGGGUGAUCCUUGAUCCUUCCACACAGACUCUUUACUUAAACAGCACUGGACGGCUUCUGGAUAGAGAUCCUCCGUCAUAUAUCCAUUCCAUCGUGGUUCAGGUUCAGUGCACGAACGAGUUGAUCGGCACCGUGAUCCUGCACGAGGUCCGCAUUGUGGUUCGAGACCGCAACGACAAUGCACCAGGUUUUCAGCAGCCCAGAUACUAUGUAGCCAUUAGUGAGCUGACUCCAGUGGGAACAACCAUCUUCUCUGGUUUCUUGGGGAACAACGGUGCAGCCGAUAUCGAUGAUGGUCCCAAUGGGCAGAUAGAGUACACCAUCCAGUACAACCCGAAAGAUCCAACAGCCAACAGAACCUUCGACAUCCCGCUGACGUUGUUCGGCUCCGUGGUUCUCAGAGAAAGACUCAACUACGAAGAGAUUACAAGAUACCUGGUCAUCAUACAGGCAAAUGACCGAGCUCCCAAUCCGAGUGAGCGCCGGACAGCAACCACCACGCUCACCGUGGACGUCCUGGACGGUGAUGACUUGGGUCCCAUGUUUCUACCGUGUACACUCGUAGGAAACACUCGUGACUGUAGUCCCAUCACUUACAAGGCUAAUGUGCUGGAACUGACCGAGCCGAAUAAGGUGAAUCCCCUCAAUGUGACUCCACCCAUUCAGGCCGUGGACCAGGACAGAAACAUCCAGCCUCCCUCAGACAGACCAGGGAUCUUGUACUCCAUCCUCAUUGGGAAACCAGAGUCCUAUGUGGAGUAUUUCAGCUUGAACAGAACAACAGCGGAGCUCCUGCUCGUGAAGCCAAUUAACCGAGAACUCCAUCACAGAUUUGAUCUAGUUAUAAAGGCUGAGCAGGACAACGGCCACCCCUUGCCAGCUUUUGCCAAUCUGCAAAUCGAAGUUCUGGAUAAAAACAACCAGGCACCUUACUUCCUAGAGAGCAGUUACCACGGAUACAUCAAUGAGGCGUCACCCGUGGGAAGCACCGUCGCUACAAACAGCAGCCUGUCUGCUCCACUGGUUGUCAUUGCUUUGGAUAAUGAUGUAGAGGAGACCCGGGAUCCUCAGCUCCAGUUCUCACUGGACAAUUACGGCCACGUCUUCUCUGUGUCUGCCGCUGGAAUCAGACGAUACCUCACGCUGGUGCAGCCCGUGGACCGAGAGACACAAGACUCCUACGUGUUCACGCUCUCGGCAUCAGAUGGCGUCCAGGAGAGCGCCCCCGUGUCCGUCACCAUAACAGUGUUGGAUGCAAAUGACAACACUCCGGUUUUCCCAAACGUCUCCUAUAGCGUCAACUUGUUCACUGACAUGAUGCCUGGAGAAACAGUGCUGCAGCUGUCAGCAGCUGACUCUGAUGCGGGUCCAAAUGGUGAAGUGACCUAUCGUAUCUUGGCUGGUGACCAGGGACAGUUUCUCAUAGGAAAUAACACCGGGGUGAUUACAGUGGCACCAGGUGUUGAGCUCACUGUUGGACAAAACUACGCUUUGACUGUAGAAGCCUUGGACAACGGGCCUGCGCCUCAGAGACGGUCCUCCAUUACUACGGUGUAUAUUGAAGUUUUGCCUCCGAACAACCAGAGCCCUCCACGUUUCCCACGGCAACAAUACCAUCUAGAGAUCAGUGAAGCUAUGAGGACUGGUGCUACGCUGCUUAAUCUGCAGGCAGUGGAUCGGGAAAAGGACCGAAUAACUUACAAAAUCUACAGUGGAGACCUCAACAAAAACUUUGGACUCCAGCAGAAUUCAGGGUAUUUGGUUCUGGACAGUCCGCUGGACAGGGAAUCCCUGGACUCUUACACCCUGGUGGUCACAGCGUCAGACGGACACCCAGAUGGAACUUCCACUGCAACAGUGAACAUUCUGGUGACGGAUGUGAAUGACAACGACCCGGAGUUCAACACCUCACUUCCUCUGAACCUGACGGUCACUGAGGGGCAGGAUCACGCCUACGUGGGACAGGUCAAGGCGUCAGAUCCAGACCUCGGGGCAAACGGCCAGGUCCAUUUCCAGCUCGUCAACCACCAGAGGAUGUUUUCCAUCGACCCCACGGGGACUAUCAGAACUGCAGCGCCGCUGGACAGAGAGGCGAAAGGUCACUACUUCCUGGUUGUGGAAGCUGCGGACGGAGCGGUGGACCCUCGGAGAUCCAGAUUAACGCUCAGCGUCACGGUUCUGGACGUAGACGACAACAGCCCCAUAUUCUCCCAACAAAUCUACGAUGUGAAUCUGCCAGAGAACAGCCCAAAGGAUACCGUCAUAUUACAGUUAAAGGCGACGGACGCAGACCUCCGCUCUAACCUCACAUAUCGAAUCAGGACGGAAGACUUGGAUCCUAAGAUAGAGCAGCUUUUUCACAUCAACCCCACGACAGGAGAGCUGUCGGUCGUCAAGGUCCUGGACUUUGAGGCUCUGACUGAGUCUGAUCCCACGUACAUGUUCACCGUGGAGGCCUUGGACACCGAGGGAGCCAUGCCUCCUGGUUUAGCCUCCGUUACUGUCAGAAUAAUGGACAUGAAUGACUUUUCCCCAGCAUUCAGCCAGCCAGCGUACCGAGGCUUGGUCGCCCCCAACGCAGUCAAGGGAACCAUCGUAACCACGGUGAUGGCCAAUGACUCUGACCCCGCGGGCAGCCCGGCAGGUCUAGUUCACUACAAGGUGCACCAGGAGGCAUAUCCGUAUUCCGCGACUAUAUUUGAUGUAGAAAAGGAAACAGGACAUGUGGUAACCAGAGUGAACCUUAAUGAGGAGCCCAACCUAAAGUUCAGUCUGGUGGUGGUUGCCUACGACCACGGUGAGCCUAUGAAAGAGAAUACAACUCUGGUGGAAAUUACAGUCCUUCAGCCCUCAGUUAUUCCAGUCUUCACGCAGGAGGAAUACAGGUUUGCACCAGUGAGUGAGGAGGCCGCUGUUGGAACCCGCGUAGGGGAGAUCACGGCAGCAGCUGUCAAUCAGUCUAUUGUGUACUCCAUCAUCGACGGAAACGAGGGAGAUAUCUUUUCAUUAAAUGAGACAACAGGAGUGAUUUCCACAGCCAAACCUCUGGACUAUGAGACCAACUCCACCUAUGUUCUGAGGGUAGAGGCGGACUCCAUGAGAGUGGUGUCGUCCAAUCUCCGAGUUCCAUCAAAAACCAACACAGCGAAGGUGUUCAUUGAUGUCCAGGAUGAGAAUGACCACCCACCCGUGUUCACCAGACCUCUUUACAUUGGCGGAGUAGCAGAAGACGCCAAAACUUUCACCUCGGUCUUGAAAGUGCAGGCUCUGGACAAAGACACGGGGAACUUCAGUUCCAUGAUUUACCGGCUGCUCCUUCCUCCUCCCUCUGGCAAAGACACCAGAGACAGCAAAGACGGCUUUGUCAUCGAGCCGUACAGCGGCGUGGUGAAGACCGCAAUCAUGUACCGCAACAUGAGGAGGUCUUAUUUUAAAUUUGAGGUGGUUGCCAUAGACAACUACGGCCGAGGACACAGCGGCAAGGCGGAGAUAGUGGUGUCAGUUGUGAACCAACUGGACAUGCAGGUGGUCGUAUCGAACGUUCCUCCAACUUAUGUGGACAAAAACAAAGACAGGCUGCUUGGCAUCUUGGAACGCUAUGUCCAGGAGCAGAUUCCCGGGGCAAAGGUUGUCGUGGAAACCAUCGGGCCUCAUCGGCACGGAGAAGGAAUGGAUCAGGAGGAUUACACGAAGUCUGACCUCAUGAUUUAUGCCAUCGACCCACUGACGAACAGAGCCGUUUCCAGGCAGGAGCUCUACAAGUUUCUGGAUGGGAAGCUCUUGGACAUCAAUAAAGAUUUCCAGCCUUUUCUCCCUCCUGGUGGGCGAAUUCUGGAAAUCCGCACCCCCGACGUGGUGACCAGCGUGAAGAAAGCCGUGAGGAGUGUGGGCUACACAGAAGGGGCACUGUUGGCUCUGGCAGUCAUCAUCAUUAUCUGCUGUGUUCCUGCCAUACUGAUUGUCGUUAUUACCUACAGGCAAUUCAAAGAGCGCCAAGCAGAGUGUGCCAAGACAGCGCGCAUCCAGAUGGCUCUGCCAACAGGCAAACCUGGGGGAGGCACUGCCAACAACUUGUAUGAAGAGCUGGGCGACAACGCCAUGCGCGGGUAUGGACAACAUGAGCAGACACAACAGCUUCUCCGACCUUCUCUGCUCAGACCAGAGGAGUUAUCAAUGGAAUCUGGCAUUGACCCGGGCCAGGAAUACUACACACAAGACUAUUACAACUAUGACCACGGAUAUGAACUUCCUCAGUACGGCAGUCGCAGGAAGCUGAUCUCCCCCACCGGCCUGUACGAUGAGUACGGAGAAGUCGUGGUCGAUGACGACGGCAGCUACUAUUACAGCCCUCAGGACUCUGAUGGAGAGCAGGGCAGCAGAAAGCGCCGGAUCAAGUUGAUGCUGGACCGGGAAUACGAGACCAGCUCCACCGGCGAGGACAGCGUGCCGGAGCCGCAGCGAGGUCGGGCGUCCACCACCCAGAACAGCCAGGUGAACGUCAACGGGAGCAUCUACGUGGCCCAGAACGGCUCCAUCAUCCGGACCAGACGGUCCGUGAACCCCAUGGGUCCGGCACACGCCCCCGUCACCAACAACAACCUCAAACUCAGCUCUCCCGUCUUCAGCUCCCGGCUGGCCAAGCACUUUAAAAAACUGGACAAAAUGGCGGCCACGCUGGAGGAGCGUGUGCCGCUGAGCAGCCCGACCAGCACCGCGGACCGGUGCAACACCCUGCGCUCCUUCCAGAGCUCCAGGACGGGCCCGGCUCCCACGGCCACCUCCUCCUUCCCUCACACUGACAGCAUUAAAACGCUCCACGUGUUGAACACGCGACAAUCCAGCGUGUCGUUGGGGUCGACCAGCACCAGCAACACGGGCCCCGAAAGCGUCCCGUCUAAACCCAACGGGCCCGAAGCGCCGCACGGCUCCGCGGACGAGCCCCAGAGCUCCGUCGGGAGAGAGGAACUGAACGAGGCCGAGACGGAGUCGAAUGUAGACGGAAACACGGACAAUGAGGACGACGGCGUCGGCGUGAAGGAGUCGCUGGAGUGUCCGAGUGACAGGACGCAGUCGGACGAGGAGGAGUUGUGGAUGGGCCCGUGGAACAGCCUUCACAUACCCAUGACCAAACUCUGACUGCCCCCCCGGUGCCACCGUGCUCCCUCCUUAAUGCCAAGGUCAAAAUGUCAGGCCUUUAUUACUGUUUAUUGGUUAUGACCAGUACUCGAGUUGUAAAAAACAAUCAGGGGGGAUGGUGGAUUUUAUCA